CACAUCUGCAGCUCUCAUCCCACAUCAGCAGCUGAGCAGAGAGAAUCAGCAGCUCUGAGAGUCCAGGAGGCUUCAGCGGCCACAGACUCAGCCAUGAAGUCUACAUUACCUGAGAGAACGACGCUAUUCAAGAAGGAAUCCAAUGGAACCGUGUACAGGGCCCCCUCUCUAAUCUAUGUCAAAGACGAGAACACGUUCCUGGCCUUUACUGAGAAGCGGCGGAAUGAGAAUGAAGCAAACGCAGAAUUACUUGUUAUAAGGAGAGGUAUCUACAAAACGGGAUAUGUUACGUGGGAAGGAAUGCAGAUUUUACCUGAAACCAGCAUGAAAUUCCAUCACACAAAGAAUCCUUGCUCCAUGUAUGACAAAAGUAGUAAAGUUGUUUUCUUGUUUUUUAACUGCAUACCUGAUGGGGUUACUGAGGAGUACAUGCAAAAGUGGGGGAACUCUAGCAAACUCUGCUAUAUCACCAGCACUGACUGUGGAAAAACCUGGAGUUCAAUCACAGAUAUUACAGACAUCACUAACAGCAUCAGUAAUAUGGUUUCCUUCUUUGUGGCUUCAGGACACGGUAUCCAAACCCAAUGUGGGAAGCUUGUGAUUCCAGCCUAUAAUUACAUUGCUAAAUUCUGGUUUGUUCGCUGGUGGUGUGCUAAAUCCCAUUCAUUAUACCUCUACAGUAAUGAUCGUGGACGUAGGUGGCAGUUAUCAGAUAGUAUUAGCAAACAUGAGACUGGCGAGUGUGAGGUUGCAGAAAUAAUCUGUGAGGAUGGCAAGAAAAUGCUGUACUGCAACGCACAAUCUAUAGGUGGCAAACGAGUGGAAGCCCUGAGUUUGAACGUUGGUGGGGAAUUCAAGUUUGUGGAAAAGAGCAAACUUCUGACUGAUAGAAAAGGGGGAUGUUCUGGGAGUAUUGUGAGCUUCCUUGGUGAGGAACAACCAGGAAAGGAACGUAGUGAUUGGCUCUUGUUCACACACCCAUCCAAGAAUGACCGAAGGGAACUUGGGGUGUAUAUAAAUAAGUCUCCACUGAUAUCCAAAUCCUGGUCCAAACCUUGGGUUAUUUCAGAAGCACCCAGCGGUUACUCAGAUCUUGCUGACUGCCAUGAUAAUGAUAUGUUUGCAGUCUUGUUUGAAAGUGGACAUGAAAUCCAGUAUGAAGAAAUUAAUUUCUGCCUGUUUACCGUACAAGAUGUUCUUAAGAACAUUAAGAAGAAAAAAGGUUUGCUAGCAAGGUUUAGGAAAUAAUUCACCAAUCACAAGAGGAAAUUCAUCCUUUGCAAGGCUGGAAACUAUGCUUUAAAUUUAACAGUGAUUUAAUUUUGUAUCUGAAUUCUUAAUGUUAUGUUUUGUGGGCUCACUAACAAAUAUGAUGUAAUAAAAAUAACCUUUAGGGCCAAUGAGGAACUGCUUGACCAUCCAUCUUAUACUUUAACAUGGAUGUGAUCUUGACAAAUGUUGCUUUUAGUGGCCCAUCAAGACUGUGAAUUGAAAAAGAAAAAAAGAAAAUUCACGUUAGGGUGCACUAAAAUGGUAUUCGUUAUUGGAGGUUGUUUCAAAAAUCACCAACGCCACUAGAGCAGCAUAGACAUUACACAGAAGCUACAGCUUAUGACUAAACAAAAUGACUAUGGAGCAUGGAUAGGGUUGUAAGUAAUGUAAUGGUUUCUACUUCCACCAUUACAGAGCAGACCCUACACUUUCUAGGCAAAAAAAGUUUUAAAGAAAAAAAAAAAGUUUUUGCAGAAUAUAUAUAUAUAUACAUAAUUUAGUCCAUGCAUCCUCAGGACAAGACCAAGCAUUUGCCAGGUAAUCUUUGUAUUUGUUGUUCCUGUAUCUUCAGUUAAAUCUAUUUUACAUUAUUAUUACAAUUUCAGUAAAGUAAUACUCUUGCAAAUUAUUACCCCAUCAGAUAGUGUUCCAGGAAUACAUUUUGUUUCUGAAAUGAAUAAAUAUAUUUGAACACCAAAAACAAUUAUAAAGCAGCGCAAUUUCGGGCCGGACUGGCAAUAAAAAGCAGCCCUGGAAAAAUA